AUGGCGGAGAGGGGUGGGCAAAGAAAGGCCAGAUGUUUCUCGACGCCCUCGCCGACGGCAAUCUCUCUGCUUGAAAAGACCUACCCCACCGACGCGACCACUAAUGUCACCUCUGCCAUCGCGCAAAAGCUCUCGCGGAACCUCUACCUCCAGCCCGCGCACCCACUGGGCAUCCUCCGCGCCCUCAUAGAGUCGCACUUCCCCACCUUCACCGCGCUAUCUGGCUGGUCCCCGCUCGUCACGCCUGCGAAGAACUUCGACGACCUCGGCUUCCCGCCCGACCACCCCGGCCGCGCGCUUUCGGACAGCUACUACGUCAACCGCGAGCUCAUGCUGCGCACGCACACCUCAGCCCACGAGGUCGAGGUGUUCGCGCGCGGCGAGCGCCGCUGGCUGCUGUCCGCGGACGUCUACCGCCGCGACGAGAUUGACGCGUCGCACUAUCCCGUGUUCCACCAGAUGGAGGGCGCACGCGUCUUCCCCGCCAGCGCAGCCGGUGUCGCGGAGCUCGAGGACAACAACGCGCGUUUGUCCGCGCACCUCGCACAGUCGAACAUCGUGAUCGAAGACGUCCCGCAUCUCUCCACCACUAACCCCGCCCAGCCGUCUCACGACGCCCACCACGCAGGGCUGGUCGCGUUGAACCUGAAGCUGUCGUUGAAUAGUCUGAUGUUAGCUCUGUUCGGGGGGCGCACAGGUGCCGGCGAGGAGCCGCUGCGCGUGCGGUGGAUCGAGGCGUACUUUCCGUUCACGAGUCCGAGCUAUGAGGUCGAGGUCUUCUUCCACGGAAAAUGGCUCGAGAUCCUCGGCUGUGGCGUCGUGCAGCAGCGUACGCUUGAUGUGGCAAACGUGCCGAACAAUGUCAGCUGGGCUUUCGGCCUUGGGCUCGAGCGCAUCGCGAUGAUCCUCUUCUCCAUCCCCGAUAUACGCCUGUUCUGGUCGGAGGAUCCUCGGUUCCUCUCCCAGUUUACUCCGGGCCAGAUCACCACGUUCAAACCGUAUUCAAAAUAUCCAUCAUGCUAUAAAGACGUCAGCUUCUGGGUACCGAGUGAAGGCUUGCAUGACAAUGACGUCUUUGAUCUCGUCAGAGACGUGGUUGGGGACCUCGCUGAGGAUGUCAAGCUGAUUGACAACUUCACGCACCCUAAAACAAACCGCACGAGUCGCUGUUACCGCAUUAACUAUCGCUCAAUGGACAGGUCCCUAUCUAAUGAGGAGACAAACUCACUGCAUGUUGACGUUGUAUCACGCCUUAAAGAUGUGUUCAGAGUCGAGAUUCGUUAA